GGCAUGCCGCGGCUCUAGUGUGACAGCGCGCGCAAUUGGGACUCGAGGAGCUCAAGAGAACAACCUGUGCAGUUUACCGAAACGGAGAAGGGAGUUAACUUUAUAGAAACACUUCUCGCGACCAGCGAGCCCGUUCUCAGAGGUAAAGUACGAUUACACCACUCACAUCAACACACUCCAACACACACACACACACACACGCGCAAGCAUGCAGGAGUCGGAGGCCAGUGUGUGCCAGCUGCAGCCCAACAUCAUCUCAGUGCGCCUGUUUAAGAGGAAGGUGGGCGGCCUGGGCUUCCUGGUCAAGCAGAGGGUGUGCAAGCCGCCCGUCAUCGUCUCCGACCUCAUCCGGGGCGGGGCCGCCGAGGAGUGCGGCCUGGUGCAGGUGGGCGACAUCGUCCUGGCCGUCAACAACAAGCCCCUGGUGGAGCUGUCGUACGAGCGCGCCCUGGAGACCCUGAAGAACGUGUCGGUGGAGAGCCACGCCGUGCUGAUCCUGCGGGGCCCCGAGGGCUUCACCACGCACCUGGAGACCACGCUGUCCGGCGACGGCCGCCAGCGCACCGUCCGGGUGACGCGCCCCGCCUGCCCCCCCUCCUCCAAGUCCUACGAGCACCGCUGCCCGGUGAGCCCCCCCGGGCCGCCGCCGACCAGGGACCCCCAGCUCAGAGCCAUCGAGAACCUGUCGGCCCCGGGCUCCCUCCCCGCCUCCAGGCUCCAGAGGGGAGGCGUCCAGGCGCUGAUCGGCGCCCAGGACCCGGCGCUGCUGCGGGGGGACGGCGGGCGCACUUCCCUGCUGCUCAACGGCGUGGAGGAGAACAACGACCUCCUGAAGGAGAUCGAGCCCGUGCUGCGCCUCAUCAAAACCAGCAAGAAGGAGGUGAACGGGGAGGGGCAGAGGGGCGUGGAGCGCCGGGAUGCGGAGGUACAGGUGGACAGGGACCUUGGUGUGGGAAACGGUGUGUGUGUCCAGCUGGCGUCUGAUUGGAGCAGGGAUCGGGAGGGGAACAAGGACAACAUGCCCACAGCGCUCAGCAACCCAAACGGCGACACGCAAACGCCUCCCGCCCAGGGCAGUGUCUCCCCAGACAAGAACCUCCUGAACGGCAGCCCCAACAAAUGCCCCCGCUUCAUGAAGGUCAAGAACUGGGAGAGUGGCGUCGUCCACACAGACACCCUGUACCACAGCGCCGGCAAGGUGCCCAUCUGCUCGGAUCGCGUGUGUCUGGGCUCCCUCAUGACGCCCAUCCCCAGCCGCAAGCCCGACGAACCCAGGACCAAAGACGAACUUCUGCCCCUGGCAACAGACUUCAUCGACCAGUACUUCACCUCCAUCAAGAGGUGCGGCUCCAAGGCCCACGAAGACCGCCUGGAGGAGGUGACGAGAGAGAUCGAGGCAGGGGGGACGUACCAGCUGAGGACCACAGAGCUGAUCUACGGGGCCAAGCACGCCUGGAGGAACGCUGCCCGCUGCGUGGCAGGAAUCCAGUGGUCCAAGCUACAGGUGUUUGACGCCAGGGACUGCACCACUGCCCACGGGAUGUACAACAACAUCUGCAACCACAUCAAGUAUGCCACCAACAAGGGCAACCUCAGGUCGGCCAUCACCAUCUUCCCUCAACGGAUGGACGGGAAGCACGACUUCCGGGUGUGGAACAGUCAGCUGAUCCGCUACGCUGGCUACAAGCAGCCCGACGGCCAGAUCCUGGGGGACCCGGCCAACGUGGAGUUUACCGAGAUCUGCAUGCAGCAGGGUUGGAAGGCCAGGAAGGGCCGCUUCGACGUCCUGCCUCUUCUCCUGCAGGCCAACGGUAACGACCCGGAGCUGUUCGAGCUUCCGGAAGACCUCAUCCUAGAGGUGCAGAUCACACACCCCAAGUAUGAGUGGUUCAAGGACCUCGAUCUGAAGUGGUACGGCCUCCCCGCUGUGUCCAGCAUGCUGCUGGAGAUCGGGGGUCUGGAGUUCACCGGCUGCCCCUUCAGUGGCUGGUACAUGGGCACCGAGAUCGGCGUGAGAGACUUCUGUGACACCUCCCGCUACAACAUGCUGGAGGAAGUAGCGAACAGAAUGGCCUUGGACACCAAGAAGACGUCCUCUCUCUGGAAGGACCAGGCUCUCGUGGAGAUCAACAUAGCAGUUCUCUACAGCUUCCAGUCGUCCAAGGUGACCAUCGUGGACCACCACGCUGCCACGGAGUCCUUCAUCAAGCACAUGGAGAACGAGGUCCGGGUGAGGGGGGGCUGCCCGGGGGACUGGGUCUGGAUCGUGCCCCCCAUGUCGGGCAGCAUCACCCCCGUGUUCCACCAGGAGAUGAUCAACUACCGCCUCACCCCUUCCUUCGAGUACCAGCCGGACCCCUGGCACAACCACGUGUGGAAAGCGGUGAACGGGACCCCCACCAAGAAGAGAACCAUAGGCUUCAAGAAGCUGGCCAAGGCUGUGAAGUUCUCAGCCAAGCUGAUGGGCCACGCGAUGGCGAAACGAGUCAAGGCCACCAUACUGUACGCCACAGAGACGGGCAAGUCACAGGACUACGCCAAGACCCUGUGCGAGAUCUUCAAGCACGCCUUCGACGCCAAGGUGAUGUCCAUGGAGGACUACGACAUGGUAGACCUGGAGCAUGAGACGCUGGUCCUGGUCGUGACCAGCACCUUCGGCAACGGAGACCCCCCCGAGAACGGAGAGAAAUUUGGAGCAGCGCUGAUGGAGAUGCGCCACCCUACAUCCAACAUGGAGGACAGGAAGAGCUACAAGGUGCGCUUCAAUAGUGUGUCCUCCUACUCAGACACCAGGAAGUCCUCCAGUGACGAGCCAGACAACAAGGCCAACUUUGAGAGCACGGGCCCUCUGGCCAACGUCAGGUUCUCGGUGUUUGGCCUUGGCUCCAGGGCCUACCCACACUUCUGUGCGUUUGCCCACGCGGUGGACACGCUGUUCGAGGAGCUGGGAGGGGAGCGCAUCCUGCGCAUGGGGGAGGGAGACGAGCUGUGCGGCCAGGAGGAGUCCUUCCGAACCUGGGCCAAGAGGGUGUUCAAGGCCGCCUGCGACGUGUUCUGCGUCGGCGACGACGUGAACAUCGAGAAGGCCAACGACUCCCUGAUCAGCAACGACCGCAGCUGGAAGCAGAGCAAGUUCCGUCUGGGCUACGUGGCGGAGGCGCCCGCGCUGACGGAGGCUCUCUACCACGUCCACAAGAAGAAGGUUUACGGAGCCAAGCUGCUGGAGAGCAAAAAUCUACAGAGCCCCAUGUCUAAUCGCUCCACCAUAUUCGUACGUCUCCACGCCAACGACCACGACAGCCUGAGAUACCAGCCUGGCGACCAUUUGGGCGUCUUCCCCGGCAACCACAAGGACCUGGUGACGGCGCUCAUUGACAAACUGGAGGACGCCCCACCGGCCAAUCAAAUCAUCAAGGUGGAGUUCCUCGAGGAGAGGAAUACAGCACUGGCUGGCUAUGGUUCUGUGGUCCCGGUUCUGCAGGUGUGAUCAGUAACUGGAACGAGGAGGUGAGGAUCCCUCCGUGCACCCUGUUCCAGGCCUUCCAGUGCUUCCUGGACAUCACCACACCGCCCAGC